AUGGAGAACCAGCGUUUUCCCAUCAGCGUCAGUUUAAUCGGAGUAAUGCUCAAGGGGAAGAAAAAGAUGUACAUGACCUCCGUACUUUGGUCAGACCAAAACGACAUUGUAGUUUACAGAAGUUUUCGGGAUUUCAAGAUAAUGCACAAAGAAAUGAAGAAAGCGUUCCCAUCCACGAGCAAGUUGAGGAAAUCCGACAGAAUCAUUCCCAAAUUCCCAAGUAUGUCAAGGAAGCGCGACAGACAGAAGAAAGUGCCCGCCAAAUCAAUGGUGCGCCUCAAGCAUUUGCAGACAUAUUGUAACGAACUUCUGAGCUGCGACCCGGGAGUCGGUCAGUCCGCAGACCUUAUCAAGUUCUUCCACCCCAAAGACCAGGACCUCCAGCCCGAGUUUUCCAAGAACAGCAUCAUGAUCAUGCUCUCAGACGACAACACCAGUGGCAAUGCGGGACACGGCAACGGUGGCAACGUGACCCAGCCAUUUGUCACAGAGACAUACAGGUGUGUGGCCGCGUAUGAGACCAAAGACACCAAGAACAAACCUUUCAAAGUGGCUAUGGACGAGAAAGUGGACGUACUCAUCAAAGACAAAGCAGGGUGGUGGCUUGUGGAGAGUGAAGACAAACGCAUGGCCUGGUUUCCUGCCCCCUACCUGGAGAAGGCUGAUGAUGAUGACGAUGAUGGCGAAGGAGAUUACGUGGAUGGAACUCCUGAAAGAGGCAUGCUGUACACUGCAGUCAAGAGCUACAAAGCCACUAAAGAUGAUGAAAUAACUGUAAACAUUGGCACAGUGGUGGAAGUCCUGCAGCAGUCUGAGAACGGCUGGUGGCUCAUCAGCUACAACGGUAAAGUAGGUUACAUCCCCACUAUGUACCUGCAGCCCUACAACUACCCUCAUAUCCGCAUGACAGCCCAACAUCAACAUAAUCGCGCCUCUUCGCCCUCCUCCCUCCUGACACCACAGUCCCAGCAGCUCAGCCGCUCUCAAGGCAACCUGCUGCUGCCACCUGCCAGCCCCACCUCACCCAACACGCUCCAACCCGGCAUGCAAAGGUCACAUUCCCUUAGCGUCCUGUCUGAGAAACCCCCACUGAGCACCUCAUCCUCUGCUGCCAGAGCUGACACCAAACCCCCCACUAAAAAGAAUGCUCCUCCACCCAUGAUCAAGGUGGAGAUGGAUGGAGAGGAGCAGGAGCAGGAGCAAGAGUGGAACUUGCCAACAGACGACGACAGCUUUAUGAGUGACAGUGACUUCAGCCUCAGUGAUGACCUCAGUUCCUCCUCAGCAAGCUCAUUCGUCAACCUUAGCCUCGGUGCCAACGAUGAACGCCUGCGUCUCAGCCACACGCCUCCACCCAUGGGGGGCAACCACCUCAGCCCUACAACUGGCAGAGAGGGGAAAAUGCUUCCCAGUGUGUCUGACCCCAACCUCUAUAAGGGCCCCACCACACCCAAAGUGCCCCCCAGACCUCGGGCCCAGGACAUCCUCACCCGAUGCACCACCAUCACCCGCAAGAAUGCGGCCAGAGGUUCUCCAUCUCCAUCACCAACUGAGAUACUGAGUCGAUAA